AAGCCACUUGAUCUCCUCAAUCAAACCCUCGCAACCCAAAUCCUCAGAGAAAUUCUACAGAAUCGGAAGGGGCGACCUGAGGGUAGUCACAAGAACACAUUCGAGUAUGGCAAAACUCUCUCUCGUAGUCGUCGCUGCAAUAGCAGCGUUGUCGAUAAUCGCACUGCAGGGUGCCGAGGCAGCAACUUACUUUGUGGGAGACACCGUUGCGUGGAGGAUCCCUCCUAACGGGGCAGCUGCAUACACGAACUGGUCGAGCAGCUACACCUUCCAAGUCGAAGACGUACUAGUCUUCAACUUCGCAACGGGUCAGCACGACGUGGCUCACGUGACGCAGGCAAAUUACAACUCCUGCGAGGAUGAUUCUCCGAUUCAGCUUCUGACCACCGGUCCUGCCAACUUCACCCUCAACGCGACAGGGACUUACUACUUCAUCUGCACCAUUGGCGAUCAUUGUGAAUCGGGUCAGAAAGUAACUGUAACUGUCGGAUCCUCUUCUGGUAGUCCCAGUCCCACUGCCAGCCCCCCACCCGGCAACUCGACCACGACUCCCUCCCAGUCCCCACCUCCGGGCAGCUCCGGUGCCCCCUCUCUCGCAGCUGCAUCAAAAGUCUUCCUUGCCCCUCUUGCCAUAGUAAUGGGUUUUAUGUGGAUAUAGGAAGCAGCUAAUUAAUUCAUCUCUUAUACAUGGAUUUAUUUACACCUUUUUGUACUAUACCUAUACAUACAGGAUUUAUGUGCGCGCUCUAGCACAUAGUGAUGUACUGUGUAUUUGAUCACAAUAAAUGAAUUUUUUCCUGCAGUUUUAGUA